AUGGCGGCGGCGGCGGCGGCGGUGGAGUCGUGCGUGGUAAAGUGCGCCGACGUUCCGCGCGACGUCGAGAACGCGACGGCGGACAGGGCGGGCGGGCCGCGCGCGGCCGCGCCGCGUCGGCAGGCCGAGCUCUACCGAUUUCGCGCCACCGACCUGGUGUACUACGCGUCCUUGAUCGCUUUCUUUUUCGCGGACGUAGCAACAGACAGCAUUGUAUGUGUGGAAUACCUUUUGCAAGGCCGCUCAACGUGGGGAUGCUUUGCAAUGGGUUUCACCGUCUUACCCGCUUGUGUUACCCAACUAUUUAGUUUGAGAUGGCAUCGCAGCGACGGUUCCCUGCGGACUGUUCACUGGUUGUUGCACUUGCUGCUACUCGGCUUCUUGCACAGGUACUUGACUUUGUUUUGCAUCGCGCUGCAUUCUUUGAGAAAUAAGUCGACCUUCAGCAAGGACAAGAAUUGGGUGUAUCGGCAAGAAAGCGAUAUAUGUAUGUUGCACUUGUUUGAAUCGUUCAUGGGGGCUGCUCCACAGUUGAUAUUGCAGCUGUAUAUUAUUGUGAUUUUGAACCAUGCGCCACUUUCGACGAGUGCCUCCGCCGUAGCUUCCUUCUGCUCCCUGACGUUGGCCGUGAGUACAUACGUGAGGGCCAUGCAUAAUAUAAAUCGCGAACGCAGCAACGCGACUUGGGUUGCUCUCGCUCUUCAGGCUCUCUGGCGCGGCGGUAUGCUGCUGUCCAGAAUCGGAGUUCUGGUACUAGCGGCUGUCUGUCUGGGAACGUGGUUCUUCUUGUUCCUAGGGCUGCAUUGGUUUUUUAUGACUGCUUGGGUGAUCCUACAAAAGACAGAGUUCUGUCCUACCAUAUGGGAGGAGCGCAUCUACAAUUGCAUUAUCGGACUAAUCUAUUGCUUCGACUUCUUCAACCUGCGCGAUGGCAGAUCGCGUUACCGCGUGCUCUUCUUUUACUCGGUGAUCACGGCACAGAAUCUGGUCUUCCUGAUCGCGUACACGUUGCGUUUCAAGGACACUGUUGCGAGCGAUACGAUGAUCGCGAUCGCGACCGUAAUAAUCGGCUGUUUGCUCGUCGGCCUGGUGAGCAUGUCGUUGUAUUAUGGCAAGUUUCACCCAUCAAGAACGGUGGCGAGCGUCUCUCGAAAUAUCAGCGAGCAUUCUACCGCUACAAAGGUUGACACACCCAGGUCCUUGAAGCUGUUUCAUCGCGGCUCCUUGGUGUCGUUGCAUCACUCCAUCGACAUCUCGCCGAGGACUGAGGAGAUGCCCACCGACAAGCAAUCUUUGCUUACGAAUAUCGCGCAAAUUUCCGAUUGUGCGGAGGAGGGCAUCGUCAAUCGCAACUACAGUUCGGAAACCGAGUCGAACGCGAGCGCGGUGCGUGUCUCUACCGAGUGCGAGCACAGUCGCGUCGGCACCAAGCACAAGGAAGAGGUCGCGUCGUCCAACGACAAUCCGGACAACGCGCUUAUCAGCAGCGCGCCAUUGAAUUCUCUGUAUCAGGGCUUGCCCGACAUCGACUCGUCCCGAAAACGCCGCGGCAUUUACGAGCACGACAUCACGCCGCAAUUAGACUGGCACGCGCCGGACAUAUUGAACAUUGAUCUGGACCAGUUCGGCAGUCUCGACAACUCCGAGCGGAGCAAUUCUCUCACGCUGGAUUCCUGCAGUAAAGUAAUCGGCGCGUUAGACGCUAUCAAGAACAGAGGAAAGCUGACGACCCCGACGCCGUUGGAGAGCAGCAGGAUAUUCGAUAUAGAGAAGGUGUCGAAGGACCUGCAGCAACAGCAGCGGGACGAGACGAUGAGCUGCGUAACGUCCAUCCACGACUACGAGAACGUGUGCCCGCUAGGAAUCGCACGGCCGCCUUGGUGCAUCCGCAGUUGGAAAGGCUACACAGACAUCGAGACGUAUAUUCACGACGAUAGCGUGGUGCGCGAUCGGCGGCGGGACACUCUGACGAGCACGACCGGUACAACGUACAGCUCGGAAUACUCCGACGGCAUGAUUUCGCGAGGGAUAUUAAAGCAGGACGAUUACGCGGAUGCUCUGACUUACGACCUGGUAGAGUCGAAGGGCAAUAAGUCGUCUUACAGCGAUAGCACGUUCUCCACGUCCGCCGUGGACGAUCAAAACGCCAGUCUAUACGUAGCCAAACCGGUGGUGUUCGACGACCGAGGUGGCAUGCUCGCGUUGGAUACAAUUUUGGAGGAGCAUGACGACUCGUCAUUGACGGACGAGCAGUUUCAACAUGGGACGGAACUAUCGCGCGACUCCGCGAGCACCCUGGUGAGCACGAUAGAUCAGAUCAGGCGGUAUACAGCGGAAAAUUCGCCGCGACAUAUCUACCACACCACUGGAACUCAGUGGGAAGACCUGAAUCCCAAGAACUUGGUGGCGCGGGCGCGCUUUGCCAAAGUGUUGUUCGACAAUGAUCUCAGAAACUCCUCAGCGACGACUGGUUCGAUCGAUCUGGCCGCACGGGACGUUGAGAAACGCGAGAUAGACGCGAUUAGAGAGUUCGUUCGAUGCUGUGCGAUAGAGUCCAUCAAGAAGACGCCCUUGAUAGAUGCUAUUUUGUCAGACUCGCCGAUUUUGGGCAGCAGGGCGAGCAAACUCGUGCGACAGGUCACGUUUGUGGAUCGUAAAAACGAUUUUGACGCAAACGAGAGUGACUUGUAUGUCGAAAUGAGGCCGUUGGUGUCUGUCGAGAACGGCGAGAAUUCGUGCCAGACCAGACCCGCCGACGCGAAGAUCGCCGAGGCGGAGAGCGUCGCCAAGAGAAGCGAUCUUUCCAUGAUAUCGAAAAAAUCGCCAGACAAAGAAAAUCUGUCGCCGAUCUUGUCAAACAAUAACGAGCAGAUUAAUAAUAUAUACGAUAGCAGGGACAGUAAUGAUAGGCACGCCUGGACCAUAGAAAGAGACGAAAAGAGCGACAAAUCGUUAUGCAACAUGCGUUUCAACCUGAAGGAGAAGAGGCACUUAUUUCUAGAGCAGGUUCUCUCGCCGGUUCCAAAACUCUGGAACAAACGUAUCUCCUUUCAUCCGAGCACCAAAAAUUUAUAGUGAACGGGCUUCUCGCUUCGGUCACUUGUGUUUUGUUGCUGAAGAUCGACUCGAAACUCAUUUUGUGUAUCAAAUAUUUUAUAGUAGUAUUUACAACGAGUUUUGGUACGUAUUACGGCACAUUUGCAGCGAUUUUGAUUCACGUUUUACAACUGAAUCAAGUGGAACAACUCACUUUUAUCGAACCAAAAAUUUCUAACAAAGGACUUUCCGAUUUCUUUAUACUCGGCACUGUUGUCUUUCAUAGAUGAAAAUUGAGUGUCAGCUCAGUUUUAUCUUGCUCAAGUGCUUUUUUCAUUUAUGUUUUAUUAUAGGUAAUCUUUAUAAGAUUUUUUUUAUAGGAAUUUUCUCUUGCGUCGCAAGUUCGUGAGAUACGCGAUAAAAAAGUAAUCGUGAUCUGUCAUAGUACUGGAUCGUCUUUUAUGAAAAUAUUAGUUUUGCUGCGAACGUUAUUCGGUUACAGAUAAUAAUUUACUGCGGAAAAGAGUUGAGAAAAACACACCACAGUACAAAUAUUGCAAUAUAUAUAACGUCACUCGUUAAUUAGGCACGCAUCUUAACUUUUAUCCAUGACUAAGCUGCAUCGCGUUUACCUUUACAAAUGGCAUGAACGCGAUGUAAGCGUGUGAUACGCGCCGUCCGAUUGUUGUGAGAGAUAAAGCUAUAACGACUUAAGUCUGCGCUUUUGCGAUCAGUGUAUAUAAAAUGACUUAUUGUACAUCUCGUACCGAGAUUAUUUUUGUACGCAAUUUUUUACUAUAUACAAUAAAGAGACUCUGUGUAGUGAAAAAUCUGAGACCAACCACUAAUAA